AGUCCUACCACAGGAGGUUAUCAGAAAUACAAAUUUAAAAUGAAAUUCCUUAUUGUUUUUGUCGCCGCUUUGGCUGCCGCCUCUGCUGGCUAUGUUGCCCCAGUGGCUCCAUUGGUAUAUGGCGCCCAACACUUGCCAGUGAUUGGGCCCAAUGGCGUCCCAAUUGAUACCCCUGCUGUGCAACACGCUACCGCUGCUCAUUUGGCCCACAAAGCUGAAGCUCAUGCCCGUAAUGGAGACUACGCUGUUUACGCUCAUGCUGCCCCAGUUGUUGCCCAUGCUGCUCCCCUUGCCUACGCCCACCACGCUUAUGCCGCCCCAGUUGUAGCUGCCCAUGCCGCUCACGGUGUUGUCGGUCAUGUCGGUGUUGCUGAAACCCCAGAAGUUGUUGCUGCCAAGCACGCUCACUUCGCCGCCCAUGCUGAAGCUUUGGCCCGCGUUGCUCCAGUUCACCAUCUGUACCGUCGUGGUAUCUACGCCGCUGCCCCAGCUAUUGCCGCUUACGCUGCCCCAAUUGCCUACGCUGCCCAACACCUUCCAGUCAUUGGACCCAACGGUGUCCCAGUUGAUACCGCUGAAGUUCAACACGCCCGUGCUGCCCAUUUUGCCCACAAGGCCGAGGCUCAUGCCCGCAACGGUGACUAUCUUGCUCACCCAGUUGUGUCUGCCGCCUAUGGCGCUUACCCAUAUGCCUACGGAGCCUACCCAUAUGCCCAUGGUGCCCACCACUUGGGAUACGCUCAUUACUUGUAAACAAAUUUGUAU